AAGGCAACUAACUGUCUGUUGAGUUAUAUCCUGCAUCUCGCACGCUUGAUGUGGUAUCAUUUUGACACGGCGUAGAUGAGUGAGUAAAGACAGGGCUGAAUUGUAUUGUAUUGAAUUCAUUGGUUUAUCAGAGGGCCGCGUGUCAAUAUGAAGUCGGUUGAUGCUUUUUUCGGCUUAUACCUCGCUUUGUUAGCGGGGAGUGUACAAGCCCAGGGUCCAUACGACAGCGACGACGGUGGUUAUGUUUGGGCGAGCUGGAUCGGGAACAACGGAGGCAGCGGCUAUGGGAACGGGCCGGGCAGUUCAAGCACAAUAGGAGGUGGCCUGAGCGUGUUUGCGGACUUCGACGUCGAUAAGGCGAUUCGAUAUCGCACGGCUCACGGUAUCAUCGCCGCGUUAUGUUUCGUCGUGAUAUUUCCCAUCGGCGCCAUCCUCGUGCGAUUACUACCUAGUCGACACACUUGGAUCAUCCACGCUGCGACCCAGAUUGUCGGGUUCAUCCUAUACAUUGCCGCUGCUGCGCUGGGGAUACAUCUUAUAGAGAUGGUGAGGAUCCCUCCUGAUGGUUCUAGUUUGUUACAAAUACCAUCGAAAAACGCACACCCCAUCAUCGGCAUCGUCCUGCUCGUGAUAAUGUUCAUACAGCCGCAACUCGGAUUCGCCCACCAUUCCAAGUUCAAGCGUCUACGGCGUCGAACCUUCUACUCGCACGCGCACCUGUGGCUCGGCCGCAUUGCCAUCACCCUAGGCAUCAUCAACGGCGGGCUCGGGCUGAAACUAGCAGAGGCAUCCGAGGGAUUAAUCAUCGCCUAUUCCAUCGUGUCGGCAUUCGCCUGGCUGAUGUGGGUUAUGACGGCCGUGUUAAACGAAAUGCGCCGCCGAGAGAAGCUUCAAACCGAUACUCCUCUUCCCAACAACAUACCUCCUAAUACCGUCUCCCCUCCGUUUACAAGACACGACCAUCGUCGCCGUAACAGCACCUCGAACGAUCCCAGUCCUCCGUACACGCCUGGCCCUAUAUACGGCGGACCGCCGGUAUAUAGAGGUGGACAGACCGUAGAAAUGAUGCCUACGAAAAACACCGUCGAGAGACAAGGAUCCGUAUCGUCGUUCUCGUCUGAGUUGACGCCGGUAGAUGGAAGACGGAGACCAUGAAAAUAGUGAUUCGGAACUGUUAUUUAAGACCAUUACUACGAUAUCGAGAUGAAGGGGAGAUGUGAAUACCUACCCGAGUAGAACCGGGGGACAAACGUGUUUAAAUAUGAUAUUUGAUGGGGAUACCUGCGCAUCCUUAGUUUUGUCAUUCGCCUUCUGUGGGAGUCCCAAGGAGGGGACUUAGGUCGGAUUCAUCAUCGCAGUGUUACUAUUCACAUUGUAGCUACACGGCAUACAUUGUGUAGCUAUUAACUAUUAUAUAGUAGGAUGAGAUGUUAU